CCACCAGGCAGUCAGAGUGGAUUGUGUGGUCCCUGUACAGGAGAUCCAGACCCCCACCAGUUCCAGAAGCCACAGCCAACUCACUGGAUGGACAGAUACAGCAACAGGACGAGCCUUGAGAGCUGUGGAUCUGUUUGAUGCUGUUUGGAACAGAGGAUUGAAGUUGAUCAAGACACUCGUUUAGCUUUUAUUAAGUAAGGACAUCUUGAGAGACAUUCUUGUCUUAGUGAGAGAGCAGGACUGCAGCAAACCACUGAGAGCGGGAAACAUAUCCCUACCGGACCGAGCAGACGGCGGCCAUUUUAAGGGACGCUGAACCAGACUUACACCUGGGUCAAAAGUCAUUCCAGUCAAAGAGUUCCAAGUCUUUUUGAACCCUGGGAGGAGUUUCUGAAGAGUGGCUUUAAUUUGUGGACUAUAUUGUCAAUGUGGAACAGAGGAAGUGUCACUCUGGAAUCACUGAUUGAUAUGCAGUAGAGACAACCGUGUGACACAAUCAACAAGAUACUUCUACUACGGACCCCAUUUGUUUUACCCAUCAGAGUGAGAAGAAGGGAUUGAGACAGACGCAGGAAGCCAACAUGGACAUAUUCGGUGGUGCCCCCCGUGUACUGGGCUACUCGCGCCCCGUGGCGGCACAGUGUGGCACGGACACCGUCCUGCAAUGCAAGAUCGGUGGCGACCCUCGUCCUGAGGUGGUCUGGGAGAAGAAGAAUGUACAGAUCCUGUCAGAGGGACGCUACAGGCUGUCGGAGGAGGGCCAGGCCUACUUCCUACACAUCACUGGGGUCAGGCUGGAGGACGCAGGCCAGUAUAUCUGCAAGGCCAGUAACAGCGUGGGUGAGACGUGCGCCCCUGCCACACUGAAGGUGGAGGGGAACAGUCAGGAGCGGGAAGGGGUACAGAAACAGACAGAGGUCAAUGGGGUGCAGCAAACCAGGCUGGAGAAUGGAGAGUUAGGGGGGCAACGGAAUGGGGAGGUUAGAAGGAAACAGAACAGGGAGUAUGGAGGGCAACAGAAUGGAGAGGUAGAGCAGAGGAAUGGAGAGGUAGACCAACAGAGCAGAGAGGUAGACCAACAGAGCAGAGAGGUAGACCAACAGAGCGAAGAGGUAGACCAACAGAGCGAAGAGGUAGACCAACAGAGCGGAAAGGUAGAGAAAGAAAAGGGAGAGGGGAGUGAACGGGAGAAAAAGAAGCAGCGCUAUGAAGGGGAGCCCCUGCUGUCAGAUGACAGACCUCACUUCCUCAUCAAGCCCCUCUCCUUGAGGGUGGACCGGGGCGAGGACGCAGCCUUCUCCUGUAAGCUGUCGGGCAACCCUCUGCCCCAGGUGGUGUGGGAGAAGGAUGGGAAGAAGCUGAGCGACAUCUUCGAGAGCGCCCACUUCAACGUCAGCAGCCAGGACGGAGGCUGGUUCCAGCUGAAGAUCUUUCGGACGCGGAUGCCCGACGGGGGUGUCUACACCUGCAGAGCCCAUAACAAUCAGGGAGGGGCGCUGGCGGGCGCAGUGCUGCUUGUGGAGCUCGUCCCGGAACGGCAGGAUAGCGGGGCGUCCACAUCAAAUGGGUACAGCAACGGGCAGACAUCACCUCGUAGUAUGAGGCACAGGAUGGGAAGACACGGUUUGUCGAGACAUCCAGACGAGCCCAAUCUGAACUCUGCCAAUGUGAAGAAAUUUACGGUGUCAGAAGGGAAACAUGCUAAGUUCCGCUGCUUCGUGACAGGGAAACCUAAGCCUGAGAUCAUCUGGAAGAAAGACGGAGUGCCCCUAGAGGCUGGGAGGCGUCACCUUCUGUUUGAGGACAGAGAGGGUUACUACACGCUCAAAGUGAUGUACUGUAAACAUCAGGACACAGGGCUGUACGUGUGUGCUGCGUCCAACGCUCUGGGACACACCCUCAGCUCAGUUUACCUGACGGUCAAAGCUCCAGCGGUGCGGUUCAGGCGGUCACUGCAAGACGUGGAGGUGAAAGAGAGAGGCAUGGCUGUGUUGGAGUGUGAGGUACCUAAUGAGGGCAUCCCUACUUCCUGGUACCUGGAGGACCAGAGACUGCAGCCAGGAGGUAAAUACGGCAUAGAGCAGAAAGGAACCAGGCGCAGGCUCACUAUCCGAGAUGUAGGAGCAGACGACGAUGGGGUCUAUCUCUGUGAGAUGCCUGAUGGAGGGAAGAGUAUCGCUGAGCUGGCCGUCAAAGGCACAAUUGUUAAAAAACUUCCUCGAAAACUAGACGUGUUGGAGGGGGAGAACGCAGUGUUCUGUGUGGAGGUAGAGGAGGAGAACAUGGAUGUCCACUGGUUCAAAGAUGGCCUGAAGCUACGCGAGAGCCACCAGACUAUCCUCAAGUCCUUUGGUAAAACCCACAUCCUGGUGUUCGUCAACGUCUGCCACGGGGACACUGGGGUCGUGACCUUCGUUGUGGGAAAAUCCAAGACCACAUCCCGGCUCAGAGUCAAAGCUGCCAGACACAGCCCUCCCAUCUGUCCAGUGGGGGUGGAGAUGGAUGUGGACAGGCCCAACAGCGUUCUCCUCUCCUGGGAGCCGGCCCCCACCAGCCAGACCACCACGCGCUCCGUCUAUGUCCUGGAGAGACAGGAAGUGGGAUCACAGGAGUGGCUGAGGUGUGCGACCUCCGACACGGCGACCUCCGCAGAGGUCAUGGGCGACAGCGUGCCGUGCGAGGGCGAUUACCGCUUCCGCGUCUGCUGCAUCAAUAAGUAUGGUCGUAGUGGACACGUGGAGUUCCCUAAAGUCGUCCAUCUUGUGCCAGGUCCAAAGAUCAGGACCCCUCUCCGGGGCUGUGAGGUGACGGAGGGGGAGGACGCCCUGUUCUCCAUCGAUCUGUCAGUGAUGGUGACGGGCACCUGGUUCCUGAACAGCACCCAGCUACAGGAUACCCAACACUACUCUAUCCAACAGGCCAAGACACAGCACUCCCUGGUAAUCCACAGCACCAAGGUGGGAGACCACGAGGCAGAGGUCACCUUCAUCGCCAACGGAGUCAGAGACUCAGCGGUUCUCAAGGUUCAAGCUGCGGUGGUGAAGUUCAGCCCAAUGUCAGAGUCAGACAGUAACAAGAGGGUGGAGACUGGUAACCCUGUGGUCCUGUACUGUGAGGUGUCCCACCCCUCAGCCAGGGUGGGCUGGUUCAAGGAUGGGGUGGAGCUACAGGUGACAGACGGCCUCAACAUCCAAUCAGAAGACAACAUGAGGAGGAUCGUUAUCCAAUCGGCUGAGUUCACCGACUCUGGCGCGUACACAUGCGAGACGAUGGGUGAUGUCAUAAAAUUCAACGUGGAGGUUGAAGGUCCCCCUGUGCAGUUCAGUGAGGUCCCUGAGGAGGAGCUCCAGAAGUCUGCCAUGGAGCUGGAUCCUGUGGUGCUCACCUGUGAGGUUUCCAGAGAGGACGCCAACGCUACCUGGUAUAAGGAUGGGAUUGAGGUCCAGGCCAGUGAUAACAUCACCAUACAAACAGAGGGCACCCUGAGGAGACUGAUCAUCCGUUGUGCUGAGACCUCAGACGCAGGAACCUACAGCUGUCAAUCAGGAGACAACAGCCUCUCAUUUACUGUCAACAUCAAAGAGCCUCCAGUGAUGAUCGUGGAGCCCAAGGAGGACGUGGUUAUGGAGGGUCAUAUCUCUGAGCAGGUGGUGCUGCAGUGUGAGCUGUCCCGCUCCAGCGGUGAGGUCCACUGGUUUAAGGACGGCCUUCAGGUCCUGGAGACGGAGAACGUCCAGCUGACGUCCGAGGGACCGUACAGGAGGCUGACCGUCCUCUGCGGCUCGGCAGAAGAUUCCGGAGAGUACGUCUGCGACACGGAUGGAGACUCUGUGUUCUUCCAGGUCACCAUCACAGAGCUUCCGGUGCGAAUCGUCUCCCCCACUGAGUCUGAGCUGGAGCUGACCAGCCUGACCUCUGAGAGGCUGGAGCUCAGCUGUGAGAUCUCCCAGCCUGAUGCCCAGGUACGGUGGUACCGAGACGGGCUGGAGGUGGAGGAGAGUGCCUCUCUUAUCCUGGAGGUCCAGGGAGCCCACAGGACACUGGUCAUUCCCACGACCACUGUGGAGGACACAGGAGAGUAUGUGUGUGACACAGAGGAUGACUCGGUCACAUGGCUGGUCACUAUUACAGAGCCUCCUGUGAAGCUGGCUCGCUCUGAAACAAUGUCUGACGUAAUGGACUGUUUCUCUGGAGACCCCAUCGUCCUGGAGAUCGAGGUGUCACGGUUCAACGCUGAGGUGAUCUGGAUGAAGGAUGGAGGAGAGGUGGAGGAGAGCAGUGAUGUCACCAUCACUGAGGAUGGACUCAUCCGCCGCCUCACCAUCCACACGCCCGCCCCGGGGGACUCUGGGAAAUACACCUGUCUUGCCUCAGAUGACCUCAUCAACUUCCAGGUCAAGGUGUCAGAGCCCCCAGUGAAGAUCGUGAAUAGGUCAGAAGUCAAGACAGAGGUCAAGUCCCUGCCCUCUAAUGACAUCGAGUUGGAGUGUGAACUCUCCAGGGCCAAUGCCGUCGCUAAGUGGUACAAAGAUGGCCGCCGGUUAAAAGAGGACGAGAGGUUCUGUGAGGAGGAAGAAGGGGCGUUCCGCUCCCUGGUGAUCCUUAACGCUGAGCUGGAAGAUUGCGGAGACUACUUCCUUGAUGCUGGAGAUGACAACAUCACCUUCCAUGUCACUGUGCAAGAGCCUCCAGUGACCAUCCUGGGGAACUCUGAGGACGCAGACUACCAGGAGAUGGUUGCCGGGGACGACCUGAUCCUGGCCUGUGAGGUGUCCCGGGCCAAUGCCCCUGUCCAGUGGUACUGUAACGACAGACAGCUGACUAGCGAUGACCGGACCUACAUCGAGAGCUACGGCACGCUGAGGAAACUCAUCCUCUCUGACAUCAUGCCCUCCGACUCUGGGAAGUACAUGUGUGAUGCUAUCGAUGACAAGAUGGUCACCAUGGUGAAGAUCCAAGACUCCCCCGUCACCUUCAUAGACAAACAGGCAGUGAACAUCAUCACGGGUUACGAGGCAGAGAGCGUGACGCUGAUGGGGGUCGUGUCUAAGGAGAACGCUCCCGUUCGCUGGCUCAAGGACUGGACGCCCGUCAUAGGGGACCGCUUCCACACGGGGGUCGACGGCGCCAACCGGUUCCUCACCAUUGACCCGCUGAGACGGUCGGACAGCGGAGAGUACACAGUAGACGCCAACACAGACGAGAUGCAUUUCAGUCUGCUAGUCAAAGAGAUGAGGGUGAAGUUUGCCAAGCCGCUCCACGACACCGUGGCCCAUGCGGACGGCAUGGUGACCAUACGCUGUGAGGUGUGUAAGCCCAAGGCGGACGUCCAGUGGCUGAAGGACGGCGUGGAGAUCGUCCCCAGCCGGAGGUUCACUAUCCGGGCCGACGGCGUGGAACGCAGCCUGACCAUCCACAGGCUGACCAGGGAGGACACGGGGGAGUACGCCUGCGAGUCCAAGGACGACCGCACCGCCGCCAGGCUCAGAGUCGAGAUGCCCCGCGUGGUAGAGUUCUUGACAGAGCUCCACAACACCAUGGUGUUAGAGGGAGAGGACGCCACCUUCAAGUGCGUGGUGUCACCAGAGGACGUGCAGCUGGUGUGGGGGAUGGGCGGCGAGCUCGUCGUCAUGGGUGCCCGUUUCCAGGCGACGCAGAACGGCCUGUGUCACACCCUGGUGAUCAAGAGCUGUCAGGUCCUGGACUCCUCUAAGAUCACAGUGGAGGCUGAGGGGAACGUGUCCAAGGCCACCCUCAAAGUACAGGAAGCUCAGGUGACCUUCACUAAGAAGAUGGAGGCGGUGAUGGCCGAGGAGUACGGAGACGCUACCAUGGAAACAGAGGUCAGUCUGGACACGGGCGAGGUCCAGUGGAUGAGGCAGGGUGUGGUCAUCCAGCCAGGACCCCGACACACCCUGGGCCAGAGCGGACGCAAACGCAGCCUGACCAUCUGCAACCUCAACCUCUCUGACCGCGGAACCUACCGCUGUGAAACCCUACACGACCGCACGCAGGUCAAACUCAACGUGGAGCCCCGUAAGAUCGCCAUCCGUAAGGGUCUGGAGGAGACGGACACGUUUGAGCGGGAGACGGCCUCCUUCGAGGUGGAGCUGUCUCACACUGGCGUGGAGGGCGUCUGGCAGAAGGACGGCAUCCGGGUCAAACCCAGCAACCACUGGCGGGUGAGCUGCAACGGGCUGGUCCACGGCCUCACCCUGUCCAACCUUACCCUGGAGGACACGGGCACCAUCGUCUUCUCUGCGGAGGGAGUCCGGACCUCUGCCAGGCUCACUGUCAAGGAGACUCCAGUGACUAUCAUGAAGAAGCUGAUAGACAUGAGACUGGAGCAGGGCUCUCCUGCCACAUUGGAGUGUGAGCUGUCCAGACAGAACGUGGAGGUCAAGUGGCUGAAGAAUGGGACAGAGCUGAAGCCAGGGAAGACCCAGUACCGUAUUUACUCCAUGGGGAGGAAGAGGUUCUGUCAGCUGCUGCAGUGUAGCCUCUCUGAUGCAGGCACCUACACCUGUGACGUAGGAGACGUCAAUACAUCCUGUAACCUGGAGGUCUAUGAGCCUGAACUGGAGGUGCUACAUGGUCUGGAGGACCUGUAUGUCCAGGAGGACCAGAAUGCUGUGUUCAUGUGUGAGGUGUCCAUGGAGGACGUGACCGGGGAGUGGUACAAGGAUGGACACAAGAUACGACCCACUAGCACCAUCAAGAUACGCACAGAGGGGACCAAACACUUCCUUCUCAUGUGCAGCGUUAAAGCUGAGGAUUCUGGGGAGAUCCGCUUUGUGACCAAACAGACAGAAUCAACAGCCUACCUAGAGGUGGAAGAGGCCCCCGUGUCUAUCGUGAAGCCUCUGAGAGACCGCACGGCUCUGGAGAAGCACCGCGUGAUUCUGGACUGCACCGUGUCCACGCCGCGCUGUGAACUCACAUGGUACAGAGGCAAGGCAGAGCUGGUGUCUUCUGAUAGGCUAGAGAUCCACAGUGACGGCUGCUACCAUAAAUUGACCAUCCACGAGGCAACUGUAGAGGAUGAGGGUACCUAUAGUAUAGAGGUUGGGGAGCAUACCUCCACAGCCCAACUCCUGGUGGAAGCCCAGUCCCUGGUGAUAGAGACAGAGCUGGAGGAUGUGGCGGUGACAGCUCCUGACCAGGCCUGUUUCCAGUGUGAGGUGUCCGUGGCCAUCAGCAGGCCCCCAGUCUGGACUCUGAACGGAGAGACCAUCCAGUCCAGCCCUGAUGUCCGCUUAGAGAACCACGGAACCGUCCACAAACUGAACCUGAAACAGACCAGACCAGACAUGAGCGGGACGGUUACCUUCGCCAUGGGAAAGGCCAAGAGCAGCGCCAAACUGAACGUGAUGUGGAAGUAGAAGCAAGGGGGAGAGAAUGGGAAAUGUUGAUUCUGUUAUGAUCAGGAAUCAAAUGUCUGAGACUGUUUUAGGGUUUGAAGGUACUAUAUAAGAAUGCGGUCUAUCUGAUCUAGUAAAGCUGCAUGUAAUGAGCGAGACCGAAAAGUGGAAUGUGGUGAUGAAAUGUGGUACUUAAGCCCCAAACUACUGUUUCAGGAUCAGUUUCGAUGUUUUACUCAAUGGUUGGGGUUAUGAGCAAAGAUGAUCUUCAGUCAGUUGUAAAGGGCAGAAAGUAACCUUGGAGAGAAAUGUUAAGAAGGGUGGAUUCCAGUCAAGUCGGUAUGCAACACUCUUGGGUGUCUGAAGGUGUUAUAAUGGUUUAUAAUGGUGGGUAUGAAUGCCUGUGUGGAUGGAUAUAAAGAAAUUGUACUCAUCUGUUACACAUAUUUAUUUUGAAAAUAUAUUGAUUGGAAAUUAACAUUUUAAUUCUAUAAUUAAGUUUAAAAAAAUAAUAAUCUAAAGAUGUUAUAUUUUCCCUACUGUCAUUAAAUACUGCCACCCAUAGUUUGAAUGAAGGUUUUUAUCCAAUAAAACCGUCAGACAAUAUCUUAGGAUAGAGCUUACAAACAUUGUUACUUUUGAAUGUGCUUCGAUGUCAAAUCGUGGCUUUUUGUAUUGCUGAGGAUAGAGUGCCUGAACACAAAAGCACCUGCACUGUUUAUUUAAUUAUGUUGCAUUUAUGGAAGAUAUCAUUAUUAAACAGUUCAAUACAAUUUGGUAUGAUAAAAAGACUGUCCACAAACUACGUUACAGCUAUUCAAUCAUAAGUCACAUGAAUAAUCCAUAAUAUAUUAAUUUCACUUUUGUUUGCUUUAUUACAGUGCAAAACAAAAUAAACAUAUGUGUAUAAUAUAUGCAUAUAUUAUUUAAUGUGUUUGAAUACAGGAAGAAGAGGUACAGCAAUAGGUCAAGGUCCCCAUGGAGAUAGAAAGCUCUCUUUUCCAAAGCACUGUGAAUGACUAGGGAAUAGCCCUGAAGCAGUUGAAAGGGACUGGAUCUACGACAGUAAAUAUCCCUACUGAGUUUUUAUGAUAGAAAUCAUGCUUUGAGAUACAAUUUACACACAUUUUAAAUGUUUUUUUUGUUUAUCUAGAUGUCACAUUAUCUAAAUGGCUGGGGGUGGCUUGAAUUUCAAACCAGGAUUCGCCCAGUUCCUAUUGUGUGUGUGAAUCCUUGAAUGCAUUGUUAGAGCCCACAACAUUCUGGAUUUGUACUACAGUGAUUUCUGUUCAUCCUUUGGAUAAUACUAACAAAGGGCCAACCCACUUGCCAAAAGAAAAAGAUGAAUAAAGUUUUAAAAGUG